AUGCGCUGGAGUAUAGCAGAGAGCAACACCGGUGUGGCGCUGGCCACGCAAGAGCAGGGGACGCCACACCUGUUCAGUGGUCACAUUGAGUUGAACAAUAGCAUGCAGGCGUCCCGCUCUAGCCCGUUGGAAGUGCACGUGACGCCAGUUCUGGCGGACGGCCGAGUCUGUCCGUCAACCAAACGAGCACUGCAUGGGGUUGAUCUCACGGAACCGGCACAGAACACGUUGAAGCUAGCAUGCCCUGCCACGGUGGCUUCAGCUGGGGUGCCUCAUUGUGGCUUGACAGGUACCGCACAAGACCCCGAAUCGGGGCUGCUGCGGCUCGAGUACAGCGUAGCCGCGUGUGCCGCAUGCCAUGAGGCGUGGCAGGCGCUGCCAGCCAACGCGAGUGCGGCCGCGAGUGAGGUGUGCCGCAUCGUGGACGUUGACGGGGCUCAAAGAGGCCUUGGUCCUGGUGGUUUGGUGUACUGUGCGGUCCGGGCAAUCAACGGCGCGGGUGCUCCAUCGCCGACAAUUUCAGCCGUAUACGUCGUGGACACGACUGCACCUUCGGUGGCGCCCUUUGCUGCCCUUGACCUGGAUUGCAGCUGUCUGCGCAAGUUCACGAUGUCUCACCACUGGUGGGGGGGGCUCUGCGUGGGCCACUCGUGCAGUGAUUGCGAGCUCGCCACGUGGGCUGAGGUUGCCCCGGACGCGACUGAGCUGUCGGUGGGGGCGGGUGUGCUCAACACGUCGGAUGUUGCUAAUGGCUGCGUGCGCGUGCGCUACACGGAUGCUCAUGGGCAUGAGCUGCCAGCAGCGCAGCCCUUCACGGUAGAUCGCACCGGUCCCACAUUGGUAGGUGUGACGGUGACGCCAGAUGGGAUGGCGCGUUACACGCAUCAACACACACUGUGUGGAAAUUUGCAGACGGUGUGGGUGAGCUGGGCUAGCUCUGACCCCGAGUCGGGCGUGGUGGCAGUACGCAUCUCCAUCAAUGGCACAGGUGUGGACCAGACGGUGAACCACGAUGCGCUCCUGCCACCGGCGCGAAUUACGAUUCCACUGGUCGUAGAGGGCGAGCGCUACCGUCUCUCUGUGGCCACACAGAAUGGCGUUGGUUUAUGGUCGCACCAGGCCCUGCCUCUUUUUCGGCACACCACCGAGCCGACGGCAGCGUGCUCUGCCAACCUAGCCGCCGACACCCCAUAG